ACGGCGUGAUGAAGGAGGAUGAAGGCGCAGCUCCGCUCACAGGUCCUCAGUUUGUUUAUGACUCCCGGAGGCUGCAGGUGACCCGCACGGUCCGGGAUCUGCUGCACCAUCACGGCCCGGAUCCGCCCGCUGGAGGGGAAUAAACUCAGAGGCCCAAACUUCUGCCCGGCUGUCUGAUCUCGAAGCGUCCCGUCUUCCCUCCGGAUCAGCAGACUUUCUGAAACAGCCGUCUCCGGAGCCGUUAUCCUCCCGGCGAACAGUCCCUUCAACGUCAGCCCGAGAGCUGCAGCUCUGUGUGAUGUGACCGGCUGCUUCGACCUUCUUCCGUCUCUCUCGACAUCAGUGAAGCUCAGACAGAGAUGAAGGCGAUUGUUGCUGCGGUCCUGAUGCUGUGCGUCUUCCCUCUGCAGCCUGCAGACUCCAGCGCCGCUCCAGAGGCCUCAGCCUGGAGACAAACGGGGCCCCGGCUGCAGCUCUCCCACUCCGAUCUGAGGAACCGUUCGGCUGUAUUUUGGGAGGGCGGGGUCAGCGGUGGAUACCAGGCCUUGCUAUUGGACGAGGAUCAGGGAUGGAUGCUGGUGGGAGGGAAAGACCACAUCUACCUGCUGAGGCCCGACAGCCUGGAUCUGCCGUCACACACUAUCCACUGGCCUGCUGCCAGAGAACAUGUGGAGCACUGCUUGCUGGCGGGGAAAAGUCUGGAGACAGACUGUGCCAACUUCGUGCGGCUGCUGCAGCCUUUUAAUAAGACCCAUGUUUAUGCCUGCGGCACCGGAGCCUUCCACCCGCAGUGCACGUACCUGCACAUCGGACACAACGCAGAGGAGCCUUUGUUCAUGUUGUCUCACACCGUGGAGUCAGGCAGAGGAAAAUGUCCCUUCAGUCCCAGGGAGCCCUUCACUGCCAGACUGACUGAUGGCGAGCUGUAUGCCGGCACCUCAGUGGAUUUCAUGGGAGCGAACGCUGCGAUCUUCCGGACGUCCGUCCAGGGCAGCAGUCAACAUUACAUCCGGACUGAAGCGUACGAUCACAACUGGCUCAACGAGCCGGAGUUUGUGGGCUCCUUCUCCAUCCCUGACACUCACAGUCCAGACGACGACAAGGUCUACUUCUUCUUCAAAGAGCGCGCGGUGGAGGCGGGACAGUGGGACAAGAGGGUGUACAGCCGUGUGGCUCGAGUCUGCAAGAAUGACGUGGGAGGGAAGAGGAGUCUGAUCAACCGCUGGACCACCUUCCUCAAAGCCCGGCUGGUGUGUUCGGUCCCCGGCCCGUCUGGAGUCGACACGCAGUUCGAUGAGCUCGAGGACAUCUUUGUUCUGGAGACCAAAGACCCUCAAAACCCGACCAUCUAUGGAGUCUUCAGUACAUCCAGCUCGAUAUUUCGCGGUUCAGCAGUGUGCGUGUUCUCCAUGGCGUCUAUUCGAGCCGCUUUCAACGGGCCGUUUGCUCAUAAAGAAGGUCCUGACUAUCGCUGGGUGGAGUACAAGGGCCGCAUCCCGUACCCGAGACCCGGCACGUGUCCCAGCGAGACAUACGACGCUCUCCACAAGUCCACCAAAGACUUCCCAGACGAGGUGGUGAGCUUCAUGCGGCAGCACCAGCUGAUGUGGGAGCCCGUCCUGCCUCUGGGCGGCAGACCCAUCCUGACCCGCGUCAGCGCCUACAUGUUGAAGAGGGUCGUAGUGGACAGGGUGGACGCCGAGGACGGACCCUUCGAUGUCUUACACCUGGGCACAGAUGAUGGGAAGGUGGUGAAGGCCGUGUCAGUCAUCAAAGAUAACUGGGACACAGAGGAGAUCAUUCUGGAGGAGCUGACUUUGUUCCAGAGUCCUUCUCCGAUCCUGAGCAUGCAGCUGUCAACGAAGAGACAACAGCUGUACGUGUCCAGUGAGCUCGGCGUGGUCCAGCUGGGGCUGCAGAGGUGUGAGUUAUACGGGAGCGACUGCGCUGAGUGCUGCCUGGCCAGAGACCCCUACUGCUCCUGGGACGGACAGACCUGCUCCAGAUACUUCCCCACCAGCAAGAGGCGGGCGCGGAGACAGGAUGUAAAGUACGGAGACCCCUGGAGUCAGUGUCCAAUCACAGAGGACGAUUCGGACUCUGUGGAGGUGAAGUCGGUGUACGGCGUGGAGGGAAACUCCACCUUCCUGGAGUGCGUUCCUCGGUCUCCGCAAGCUGAGCUCAGGUGGACGGUGCAGCGCUCAGAGAGCCAGCAGCAAACUGUCGGUCAGACGCAGGACAGCAGAGAGCUCCCUCAGAGGGACGAUGAGCGCUCCCUCCACAUGAAGCGAGGGUUGCUGGUUCAACGCCUGGAGCUGGCUGACUCGGCCCUACACACCUGCACCAGCCACGAGCACUCCUACAGCCAGGUCCUGGCCCGGUACCGCGUUCACAUCAUCCCCAACCGCAGCCUGCACCCGACCCGCCACCAGCACGACCACGGCCCCAACCACCGGCCCGUCGUCCUCGGGAGGAUCGGCGCCGCCGGGGUCGCCGGGUUUCUCGGCCAGCCGAGGCCCCCUCACCCACCUCCUCCUCCUCCUGCGGGUCACAGGAACUCGUGGCUGCCCCAGCAUCCUCAGCAGCUGCCUCUGAAGAGCUACAAAGACCUGCAGCUGGUGGGGACCAACAGUCUGAGCGUGGACGAGUACUGCGAGCAGCUGUGGUACCGAGAGAAACGGCAGCAGAAACUUCGCACUCUGAAGCUCAAGCAGGAGAGCAGGAAGGCGCGGGUGAGGAGGAACAACCCUCCUGAGGUCCCCCUCUAGUCCCCCGGAGGACACAGAGACUGCUCACGGACGACAGAUCCGGGACACGCAGAGGACGAGGACAGGCUUCAUCAACAAUAUUUGCU